UGCUUGCUCGCCCGGCCCGCGGGGACGAGGCAGCGGCGGCGGCGGCGAGGAUGAUGAUGUGCGCGGCGACUGCCUCCCCCGCCGCCGCCUCCUCCGGGCCCGGCGGGGACGGAUUCUUCGCAGCCGCCACCAUCUCUUCCUCCCCGGCGCCGGGGGCGCUGUUCAUGCCGGUUCCCGAUGGCUCGGUGGCUGCAGCGGGGCUGGGGCUGGGGCUGCCCGCCACGGACUCCCGGGGUCACUAUCAGCUGCUGCUGUCAGGCCGGGCCUUGGCGGACCGCUACCGGAGGAUUUACACCACUGCGCUCAGUGACAGGGACCAGGCCGGCAGCGGCACUGGACACCCGGCCUCCAGGAAUAAGAAAAUUUUAAAUAAGAAGAAGUUAAAGAGAAAACAGAAAAGCAAGUCAAAAGUAAAGACAAGAAGCAAGUCUGAAAACUUGGAGAAUACAGUAAUUAUACCAGAUAUCAAACUACAUAGCAAUCCCUCUGCCUUCAAUAUUUACUGUAAUGUACGGCAUUGCGUCUUGGAAUGGCAGAAAAAGGAAACAUCACUGGCAGCUGCUUCUAAGAACUCUGUACAGAGUGGAGAAUCAGACAGUGAUGAGGAAGAGGAGUCUAAAGAGCCCCCUAUUAAGCUGCCGAAGAUUAUUGAGGUUGGUCUCUGUGAAGUCUUUGAAUUGAUCAAGGAGACUCGGUUUUCUCAUCCAUCCCUGUGUCUGAGGAGCCUCCAAGCCCUGCUGAAUGUGCUUCAAGGCCAGCAACCAGAAGGCCUCCAGUCAGAGCCACCCGAGGUCCUAGAGUCUCUCUUCCAGCUCCUACUGGAAAUUACUGUUCGGAGUACUGGGAUGACCGACAGCACAGGACAGUCCCUCACAGCUCUUUCCUGUGCUUGCCUCUUUAGUCUGGUGGCUUCUUGGGGAGAGACAGGAAGGACACUUCAGGCCAUCUCUGCUAUCCUAACCAACAAUGGUAGUCAUGCUUGCCAAACUAUUCAGGUGCCAACAAUACUAAAUUCACUACAAAGAAGUGUACAGGCAGUUUUGGUUGGAAAGAUUCAAAUCCAGGACUGGUUUAGCAAUGGCAUUAAGAAAGCAGCUUUGAUGCACAAGUGGCCAUUAAAAGAAGUAUCUGUUGAUGAAGAUGACCAGUGUCUGCUUCAGAAUGAUGGAUUUUUUCUUUAUUUGUUAUGCAAGGAUGGCUUAUACAAAAUAGGCUCUGGAUACAGUGGAACCGUUAGGGGCCAUAUAUAUAAUUCUACAUCCCGUAUCAGAAACAGAAAAGAAAAAAAGUCCUGGUUAGGGUAUGCCCAGGGUUAUUUAUUAUAUCGAGAUGUGAAUAACCACAGCAUGACAGCCAUAAGAAUAAGCCCUGAAACACUGGAACAAGAUGGCACUGUGAUGUUACCAGAUUGCCACACUGAAGGUCAAAAUAUUUUAUUUACUGAUGGAGAGUAUAUUAACCAGAUAGCUGCUUCAAGAGAUGAUGGCUUUGUUGUCAGAAUAUUUGCCACAAGCACAGAACCUGUGCUGCAACAAGAAUUACAGCUGAAACUGGCCAGGAAAUGCUUACAUGCCUGUGGUAUAUCGCUGUUUGAUCUGGAAAAGGAUUUGCAUAUAAUAAGCACAGGAUUUGAUGAGGAGUCAGCGGUACUUGGUGCAGGACGAGAGUUUGCACUAAUGAAAACAGCAAAUGGAAAGAUAUAUUACACUGGCAAAUAUCAGAGUCUUGGCAUCAAACAAGGUGGUCCUUCAGCAGGAAAAUGGGUUGAGUUACCAAUCACCAAAUCUCCAAAGAUAGUGCACUUCUCUGUUGGACACGAUGGCUCUCAUGCUCUUUUAGUAGCGGAGGAUGGAAGUGUGUUCUUUACAGGAUCUGCAAGCAAAGGAGAAGAUGGAGAGUCCACUAAGAGCAGACGGCAGUCAAAACCCUAUAAACCUAAAAAGAUUAUUAAGAUGGAAGGGAAGAUUGUGGUGUACACAGCCUGCAAUAACGGAAGCAGUUCUGUUAUUUCUAAAGAUGGAGAACUGUACAUGUUUGGAAAAGAUGCUAUUUAUUCUGAUAGUUCAAGUUUAGUAUCUGAUUUGAAAGGCCAUUUCGUAACUCAGGUAGCAAUGGGCAAAGCUCACACUUGUGUUUUGAUGAAGAAUGGAGAAGUUUGGACAUUUGGUGUGAAUAAUAAAGGACAAUGUGGACGAGACACUGGUGCUAUGAACCAAGGAGGGAAAGGAUUUGGAGUUGAAAACAUGGCAACAGCAAUGGACGAAGACCUGGAGGAAGAACUAGAUGAGAAAGAUGAGAAGUCCAUGAUGUGCCCUCCAGGCAUGCACAAGUGGAAGCUGGAGCAGUGCAUGGUGUGCACAGUGUGUGGAGACUGCACGGGCUACGGGGCCAGCUGUGUUAGCAGCGGGCGUCCUGACAGAGUUCCUGGAGGGAUCUGUGGCUGUGGCUCAGGGGAAUCUGGCUGUGCUGUGUGUGGGUGUUGCAAGGCAUGUGCAAGGGAGUUGGACGGUCAAGAGGCCAGACAAAGAGGAAUUCUUGACGCAGUGAAAGAAAUGAUACCUCUAGACCUCCUUUUAGCUGUCCCUGUACCUGGGGUUAAUAUUGAAGAGCAUCUUCAGUUACGGCAAGAAGAAAAACGACAACGUGUCAUAAGAAGACACAGAUUAGAAGAUGGAAGAGGCCCCCUUGUAUUUGCUGGUCCUAUUUUUAUGAACCACCGAGAACAGGCUCUAGCCAGACUCAGAUCCCAUCCAGCUCAGCUAAAGCAUAAACGGGACAAGCACAAAGAUGGAAGUGGAGAUAGAGGAGAAAAGGAUGCCAGCAAAAUCACAACCUACCCUCCAGGCUCUGUGAGAUUCGACUGUGAGCUCCGGGCGGUCCAAGUCAGCUGUGGAUUUCACCACUCAGGUAGCAGCUGGCACUUUUAGAAAGGACAACUGGGACGACCCAUCUUGGACGUACCAUAUUGGAAUGCAAAGCCAGCUCCCAUGCCUAACAUCGGAUCAAAAUAUGGGCGGAAGGCCACUUGGAUAGGUGCAAGUGGGGACCAGACUUUCUUAAGAAUUGAUGAAGCACUCAUAAAUUCUCAUGUACUUGCAACAUCAGAAAUUUUUGCCAGCAAACAUAUAAUUGGCUUGGUGCCUGCUUCUAUAUCAGAACCUCCACCAUUUAAAUGUCUUCUGAUAAAUAAAGUAGAUGGAAGUUGUAAAACUUUUAAUGACUCUGAACAAGAAGAUCUGCAAGGAUUUGGUGUAUGUCUUGACCCUGUGUAUGAUGUGCUUUGGAGGUUUCGGUCAAGCACUAGGGAGCUCUGGUGUUACAAUGCUGUGGUUGCUGAUGCAAGACUUCCCUCUGCAGCAGACAUGCAGUCCAGAUGUAGUAUUCUGAGUCCUGAACUUGCUCUGCCAACGGGGUCAAGGGCUUUUACCACCAGAUCCCAUGCAGCCUUGCACAUCCUCGGUUGCCUUGACACUUUGGCUGCUAUGCAGGACUUAAAGAUGGGCAUUGCAAGUACAGAGGAGGAGACCCAAGCAGUAAUGAAAGUUUAUUCCAAGGAAGAUUACAGUGUAGUAAACAGGUUUGAAAGUCACGGUGGAGGCUGGGGUUACUCUGCUCACUCAGUAGAAGCCAUACGCUUUAGUGCUGACACUGACAUUUUACUCGGUGGUCUCGGGCUGUUUGGAGGCAGAGGAGAAUAUACUGCUAAAAUUAAGCUAUUUGAGUUGGGUCCUGAUGGAGGAGAUCAUGAAACCGAUGGAGACCUUCUUGCAGAGACUGAUGUGUUGGCAUAUGACUGUGCUGCUAGGGAAAAAUAUGCGAUGAUGUUUGAUGAGCCAGUUCUCCUGCAAGCCGGAUGGUGGUACGUAGCAUGGGCUCGAGUGUCAGGUCCCAGCAGUGACUGUGGGUCGCACGGCCAAGCUUCCAUCACCACAGAUGAUGGGGUUGUUUUCCAGUUCAAGAGUUCGAAGAAGUCAAAUAAUGGUACAGAUGUAAAUGCUGGUCAGAUACCUCAAUUGCUGUACAGACUCCCAACCAGUGAUGGUAGUGCUUCAAAAGGCAAGCAGCAAGCUAGUGAGCCUGUACACAUUCUGAAGAGAUCAUUUGCAAGAACUGUCUCAGUGGAAUGCUUUGAAUCGUUGCUAAGUGUUCUUCACUGGAGCUGGACCACCUUAGUCUUAGGGGUUGAAGAGCUCAGAGGACUGAAAGGCUUCCAGUUUACAGCCACUCUGCUGGAUUUGGAGCGGUUGCGCUUUGUGGGGACCUGCUGCCUGCGGCUCCUGCGAGUCUACACCUGUGAGAUAUACCCAGUGUCAGCUACAGGAAAAGCAGUUGUAGAAGAAACUAGCAAAUUAGCUGAGUGUAUUGGAAAAACAAGAACUUUGUUAAGAAAAAUUUUAUCAGAAGGAGUCGAUCAUUGCAUGGUGAAGUUGGAUAAUGACCCUCAAGGGUACCUCAGCCAGCCCCUGAGUCUUCUAGAAGCCGUCCUUGAGGAAUGCCAUAACACAUUCACUGCCUGCUUUCACUCUUUCUACCCGACUCCUGCUCUGCAGUGGGCUUGCCUUUGUGAUCUGCUGAAUUGUUUGGAUCAGGAUAUCCAGGAAGCAAACUUUAAGACAUCUAGUAGCCGGCUCCUUGCAGCUGUCAUGUCAGCUCUGUGCCACACGUCUGUGAAGCUGACUUCUAUCUUCCCUAUUGCAUAUGAUGGAGAAGUGUUGUUGCGAUCAAUUGUUAAGCAAGUCAGUACGGAGAACGACUCAACACUAGUUCAUCGGUUUCCACUUUUGGUGGGACAUAUGGAAAAGCUCAGCCAGAGUGAGGAGAACAUCUCGGGGAUGACAAGCUUCCGCGAAGUGCUGGAGAAGAUGCUUGUCAUUGUUGUGCUUCCAGUGAGAAACAGCCUUCGGAGAGAGAACGAGCUCUUCUCCUCACACCUGGUCUCCAACACCUGCGGAUUGCUGGCCAGUAUUGUCAGUGAGCUGACGGCGUCAGCCCUGGGAUCUGAGGUUGAUGGACUUAAUUCUCUUCACUCUGUAAAAGCUAGUGCUAAUCGAUUCACAAAAACAAGUCAGGGAAGAAGUUGGAACACUGGAAAUGGGUCCCCUGAUGCCAUCUGUUUUGCAGUAGACAAACCUGGCAUUGUUGUGGUUGGCUUCUCUGUCUAUGGAGGAGGUGGUAUCCAUGAGUAUGAAUUAGAGGUGCUGGUUGACGAUAGUGAACAUGCCGGAGAUUCCACUCAUUCUCAUAGAUGGACAUCUCUAGAAUUAGUUAAAGGAACUUACACAACAGACGAUUCACCCAGUGACAUAGCUGAAAUCAGACUGGACAAAGUUGUUCCUUUAAAGGAAAAUGUUAAGUAUGCUGUCCGCUUGAGGAACUAUGGAAGCCGUACAGCCAAUGGCGAUGGAGGAAUGACCACUGUUCAGUGCCCUGAUGGAGUGACCUUCACCUUCAGCACAUGCAGCUUGAGCAGUAAUGGCACAAACCAAACCAGAGGACAGAUUCCCCAGAUACUUUACUAUAGGAGUGAAUUUGAUGGGGACUUACAAUCCCAACUUCUAAGUAAAGCCAAUGAAGAAGAUAGAAACUGUAGCAGAGCGCUCUCUGUGGUAAGCACUGUUGUUCGAGCUGCUAAGGACCUGCUGCACAGAGCUCUUGCUGUGGAUGCUGAUGACAUUCCAGAACUGCUUAGCUCUUCCAGUCUGUUUUCCAUGCUGCUUCCCCUUAUUAUAGCCUACAUAGGACCAGUAGCUGCUGCUAUUCCCAAGGUUGCUGUGGAAGUUUUUGGCCUUGUUCAACAGCUGCUUCCCUCAGUUGCCAUUUUGAAUCAGAAGUAUGCACCUCCUGCAUUUAAUCCCAAUCAGUCAACCGAUAGCACAACAGGAAACCAGCCUGAGCAAGGUCUUUCUGCCUGCACCACUUCUAACCACUAUGCUGUCAUUGAGAGUGAGCACCCAUACAAGCCUGCCUGUGUGAUGCACUACAAGGUAACAUUCCCAGAAUGUGUUAGGUGGAUGACAAUCGAAUUUGACCCUCAGUGUGGUACUGCACAGUCAGAAGAUGUCCUUCGUUUGCUUAUUCCUGUCAGAACUAUUCAGAACUCAGGAUAUGGACCAAAACUGACAUCUGUUCAUGAAAACCUUAAUUCAUGGAUAGAAUUAAAGAAAUAUUCAGGAUCCUCUGGAUGGCCUACUAUGGUGUUAGUGUUGCCAGGAAAUGAAGCCCUUUUUUCACUGGAAACCGCUUCAGAUUAUGUGAAAGAUGACAAAGCCUCCUUCUAUGGGUUCAAGUGUUUCGCAAUUGGAUAUGAGUUUAGCCCUGGACCUGAUGAGGGUGUUAUUCAGCUGGAAAAAGAAUUAGCCAAUCUCGGUGGGGUUUGUGCAGCAGCAUUGAUGAAAAAGGACCUAGCACUUCCUAUUGGUAACGAGUUGGAGGAAGAUCUUGAAAUUCUUGAAGAGGCUGCUUUGCAGGUGUGCAAAACUCACUCUGGUAUCCUUGGAAAGGGUUUGGCUCUUUCUCACUCACCAACUAUUUUAGAGGCACUUGAAGGAAACUUGCCACUUCAAAUCCAAAGCAAUGAACAGUCCUUUCUGGAUGAUUUCAUUGCUUGUAUCCCAGGAUCAAGUGGUGGAAGGCUUGCAAGAUGGCUUCAGCCAGAUUCCUAUGCUGAUCCUCAGAAAACAUCACUGAUCCUCAAUAAGGAUGAUAUUCGCUGUGGCUGGCCCACCACCAUAACUGUUCAAACGAAAGACCAGUACGGUGAUGUGGUUCAUGUUCCCAACAUGAAGGUGGAAGUGAAAGCCGUACCUGUUUCUCAAAAGAAAACAUCUUUACAGCAAGAGCAAGUAAAGAAAUCUCAAAGAAUUCCUGGCAGUCCCUCAGUAGCAGCAGCAUCUUCUACCCCUGACAUGACUUUUGGUGGGUUGGCGUCACCAAAGCUAGAUGUUUCAUAUGAACCAAUGAUAGUGAAGGAGGCCCGGUACAUUGCCAUAACGAUGAUGAAGGUAUAUGAAAACUACUCAUUUGAAGAACUGCGUUUUGCAUCACCAACUCCUAAAAGGCCCAGUGAAAAUAUGCUGAUUCGUGUGAAUAACGAUGGGACUUACUGUGCAAAUUGGACUCCAGGGGCUGUCGGGCUCUACACUGUUCAUGUUACCAUUGAUGGCAUCGAGAUAGAUGCUGGCCUUGAAGUAAAAGUAAAAGAUCCACCAAAAGGAAUGAUUCCACCAGGAACUCAGCUAGUCAAGCCAAAAGCUGACCCUCAACCAAACAAGAUUCGAAAAUUUGUAGCCAAGGACAGUGCUGGUCUCCGCAUCAGGAGCCACCCUUCCCUUCAGAGUGAGCAGAUUGGAAUAGUGAAAGUCAAUGGAACGAUCACCUUUAUUGAUGAGAUCCACAAUGAUGAUGGCGUGUGGUUGAGACUGAAUGAGGAGACAAUUAAGAAGUAUGUUCCUAGCAUGAGUGGCUGCACUGAAGCCUGGUGCCUCUCUUUUAAUCAGCAUCUUGGCAAGAGCCUUCUGGUCCCUGUUGACAAUAUCUUUAAUGCUAGCCAAGGAGUCAGGGAUUUGGACGUAUUUUCAUGGACUUCCAAAGCUUUUUUCCCGCAGGAACCUAAAAAUAAUACUGAUGACUUUUUCAAAGACGUAAACUCCUGCUGCCCACAGGAAGCAGCAAUGCAAGAACAAGAUAAUCCGUUCUUGAGAGGCGGGCCAGGCAUGUACAAGGUAGUGAAGACAGGACCUUCAGGUCACAACAUCAGAAGCUGCCCUAACCUUAGAGGUAUCCCAAUUGGAAUGUUAGUUCUGGGAAACAAAGUCAAAGCAGUGGGAGAGGUCACCAAUGCUGAAGGUGCGUGGGUGCGGCUGGAUAAGAACAGCAUGGUAGAGUUCUGUGAGAGUGAUGAAGGAGAGGCAUGGUCCUUAGCUAGAGACAGAGGCGGCAACCAGUACCUACGGCAUGAAGAUGAACAAGUUCUUCUGGAUCAGAAUUCUCAAACUCCUCCUCCAAGCCCUUUCUCCGUACAAGCUUUUAAUAAAGGGGCAAGUUGCAGCGCCCAAGGAUUUGACUAUGGACUCGGAAAUAAUAAAGGUGAUCAACUGAGUGCCAUAUUGAAUUCCAUUCAGUCACGGCCCAAUCUCCCAGCUCCUUCCAUCUUUGAUCAAGCUGCAAAACCUCCCUCUUCCCUAGUCCACAGCCCAUUUGUGUUCGGACAGCCCCUUUCCUUCCAGCAGCCUCAGCUUCAGAGUGAUAGAGGAACUAUCUCUACAUCUUCAAGACCAGUCUCUACAUCAGGAAAGUCAGAGCUGCCCUCUAAGCACAGCAGAUCAAUUAAACCCGAUGGGCGCGUGAGCCGGACCACUGCUGACCAGAAGAAGCCAAGGGGGACAGAAGGCUUAUCUGCUAGUGAAUCCCUAAUGUUAAAAUCUGACGCUGCAAAGUUGAGGUCAGAUUCCCAUAGUAGGUCGCUGUCCCCUAACCAUAACACCUUACAGACACUCAAGUCCGAUGGGAGGGUGUCUUCCAGCUUCAGGGCUGAAUCCCCAGGACCGGGCUCUAGGUCAUCUUCUCCUAAGCCCAAAGCGCUGCCGACUCCCAGGUCUAGCCCAUCUGGUGCUAGCUCUCCACGCUCCUCCUCACCACAGGAUAAAAAUCUACCUCAGAAAAGCACAGCUCCUGCUAAGACAAAACUUGACCCUCCUCGGGAACGUUCCAAGUCAGACUCAUACACGCUUGAUCCAGAUACCCUCCGUAAGAAGAAAAUGCCCCUCACGGAACCAUUAAGGGGCCGUUCCACAUCACCAAAACCAAAACAGGUACCAAAGGAUCCUAAAGAGUCCCCCGGAUCUGAAAACAGAGCCCCUUCUCCCCACGUGGUACAGGAGAACCUCCACAGUGAGGUGGUUGAAGUCUGUACUUCAAGCACUUUAAAAACCAAUGGUGUCCCAGAGAGCACCUGUGAUGAAAACAGUGAACUUAAGAGUGUGGACGAAGCAUCAAACAAAGUGCACUUCAGCAUAGGAAAAGCACCACUGAAAGAUGAACAGGAAGUAAGAGCAUCACCCAAAAUAAGUCGAAAAUGUGCAAAUAGACACACCAGGCCCAAAAAGGAAAAAUCUAACUUUCUUUUCAAAGGAGAUGGAGCCAAAUCUUUAGAGCCAGCCAAGCAAGCCAUGUCUCCAUCUGUGGCUGAGUGUGCCAGGGCCGUUUUUGCCUCUUUUCUGUGGCAUGAAGGCAUAGUGCAUGAUGCAAUGGCUUGCUCUUCCUUCCUGAAAUUUAAUCCAGAGCUUUCCAAAGAGCAUGCUCCUAUAAGAAGUAGUUUGAGUAGCCAACCACCCACAGAGGAAAAGGAAAUCAAGUUAAAAAAUAGGCAUUCAUUGGAAAUAUCAUCUGCUCUGAAUAUGUUUAACAUCGCACCUCAUGGGCCAGAUAUAUCUAAGAUGGGAAGUAUCAACAAAAACAAGGUCUUGUCGAUGCUGAAGGAGCCGCCCCUCCAUGAGAAGUGCGAGGACGGAAAGUCAGAAGCCACCUUUGACAUGUCCGUGCAUCACACAAUGAAGUCCAAGUCUCCGCUUCCGUUAACAUUGCAGCAUUUAGUGGCUUUCUGGGAAGAUAUCUCUUUGGCUACAAUCAAAGCUGCUUCCCAGAAUAUGAUUUUUCCAAGUCCUGGUUCCUGUGCAGUUCUUAAAAAGAAAGAGUGUGAGAAAGAGAAUAAGAAAACAAAAAAAGAAAAAAAGAAAAAGGAAAAGACAGAAAUUCGGCCAAGGGGCAAUUUGUUUGGUGAAAUGGCCCAGCUGGCAGUCGGAGGGCCAGAGAAAGAUACUAUCUGUGAGCUGUGUGGAGAGUCGCAUCCAUACCCAGUGACCUAUCACAUGAGGCAAGCUCACCCAGGUUGUGGCCGAUAUGCUGGUGGACAAGGAUAUAAUAGCAUUGGCCAUUUUUGUGGAGGAUGGGCUGGUAACUGUGGUGAUGGAGGGAUGGGAGGAAGCACUUGGUACCUCGUAUGCGAUCGCUGUAGAGAAAAAUACCUCCGUGAAAAGCAGGCUGCUGCAAGGGAAAAGGUCAAACAAUCUAGAAGAAAGCCUAUGCAAGUGAAGACUCCCCGUGCCUUGCCCACGAUGGAAGCACACCAGGUGAUCAAGGCCAAUGCCCUUUUCCUGCUGUCCCUGAGCAGUGCAGCAGAGCCAAGUAUCCUGUGUUACCAUCCUGCAAAGCCAUUCCAGUCUCAGCUGCCCAUUGUGAAGGAAGGCGUCUCUGAGGACAUUCCUGUAAAAAUGCCUUGUCUCUACUUGCAGACAUUAGCUAGGCACCAUCAUGAAAAUUUUGUGGGCUAUCAAGAUGACAACCUGUUCCAGGAUGAAAUGAGAUAUCUGCGGUCGACAUCUGUCCCUGCCCCAUACAUAUCAGUAACUCCCGAUGCAAGUCCCAAUGUAUUUGAAGAGCCGGAGAGUAAUAUGAAAUCUAUGCCACCAAGCUUGGAAACUAGUCCCAUCACAGACACUGACUUGGCUAAGAGGACAGUCUUCCAAAGGUCCUACUCAGUUGUUGCCUCUGAGUAUGAUAAACAACAUUCCAUCUUACCUGCACGAGUAAAAGCCAUCCCUAGAAGGAGAGUCAACAGUGGAGACACUGUUGGGUCUUCCCUCUUGAGACACCCGUCACCUGAGCUCUCCCGGCUAAUCUCGGCCCACAGCUCUCUUUCCAAAGGAGAGCGGAAUUCCCAGUGGCCAGUCUUAGCCUUCGUUAUACAGCAUCAUGACCUAGAAGGGCUUGAGCUAGCAAUGAAGCAGGCCUUAAGAAAGUCAGCUUGCCGAGUGUUUGCUAUGGAGGCAUUCAACUGGCUCCUCUGCAAUGUCAUCCAGACCACCUCGCUGCAUGACAUCCUCUGGCACUUUGUGGCAGCACUGACUCCUUCUCCAGUAGAAGCAGAGGAAGAUGAGGAUGAAGAAAAUAAGACAAGUAAAGAAAAUGCAGAGCAAGAGAAGGAUACAAGAGUCUGUGAGCACCCACUAUCAGAUAUAGUGAUCGCAGGCGAAGCCGCUCACCCCUUACCACACACAUUUCACCGAUUACUUCAGACCAUCUCUGAUCUUAUGAUGUCUCUCCCUAGUGGCAGUUCAUUGCAGCAAAUGGCCUUAAGAUGCUGGAGCCUCAAGUUCAAGCAGUCUGACCACCAGUUUCUCCAUCAGAGCAAUGUCUUCCAUCACAUUAACAAUAUUUUGUCAAAGUCGGAUGACGGAGACAGUGAGGAGAGCUUUAGUAUCAGUAUACAGUCGGGCUUUGAAGCCAUGAGCCAGGAGUUAUGCAUAGUUGUGUGCUUGAAGGACUUGACCAGCAUCGUUGAUAUAAAAACAUCAAGCCGGCCUGCCAUGAUUGGCAGUUUGACAGAUGGCUCCACAGAAACCUUUUGGGAAUCAGGAGAUGAAGAUAAAAACAAAACUAAAAACAUCACUAUCAACUGUGUAAAAGGAAUUAAUGCCCGUUAUGUAUCUGUUCAUGUGGACAAUUCCCGGGAUCUUGGGAAUAAAGUUACCUCAAUGACCUUCUUAACUGGCAAGGCAGUAGAAGAUUUGUGCAGAAUAAAGCAGGUCGAUUUGGAUUCCAGGCAUAUUGGCUGGGUAACAAGUGAACUCCCAGGAGGAGACAAUCACAUCAUCAAAAUUGAAUUAAAGGGCCCAGAAAAUACAUUAAGAGUUAGACAAGUAAAAGUCCUGGGUUGGAAAGAUGGCGAAAGCACAAAAAUAGCUGGCCAGAUCUCAGCCAGUGUGGCUCAGCAGAGGAACUGUGAGGCGGAGACCCUCCGGGUGUUCAGACUCAUCACGUCUCAAGUGUUUGGAAAGCUCAUCUCUGGAGAUGCUGAACCUACACCAGAGCAAGAGGAGAAAGCACUGUUGUCAUCACCUGAAGGAGAGGAAAAAGCAACAUCCGAUGCUGACCUUAAAGAACAUAUGGUCGGGAUCAUAUUCAGCAGGAGUAAGCUGACUAAUUUACAAAAGCAGGUAUGUGCUCACAUCGUCCAAGCUAUUCGCAUGGAAGCCACAAGAGUUCGUGAGGAGUGGGAACAUGCCAUAUCCAGCAAAGAAAAUGCCAACUCUCAGCCCAAUGAUGAGGACGCCUCCUCGGAUGCUUACUGCUUCGAGCUGCUCUCCAUGGUCUUAGCGCUGAGUGGCUCCAAUGUUGGCAGGCAGUACCUGGCUCAGCAGCUGACUCUACUUCAAGACCUUUUUUCCCUGCUCCACACAGCUUCUCCAAGGGUCCAGAGACAGGUGACCUCCUUACUAAGACGAGUGUUGCCGGAAGUGACCCCCAAUCGUCUGGCCAGUAUCAUAGGAGUAAAGUCUCUGCCCCCCGCCGACAUCAGUGACAUCAUUCACUCGACGGAGAAGGGAGACUGGAAUAAGCUGGGUAUCUUGGACAUGUUUCUGGGAUGCAUUGCUAAGGCUCUUACUGUCCAGCUCAAAGCCAAAGGGACCACCAUCACGGGGACAGCUGGCACCACUGUGGGCAAAGGGGUCACCACUGUCACCCUGCCCAUGAUCUUCAACUCCAGUUACCUCCGGCGAGGUGAAAGUCAUUGGUGGAUGAAAGGCUCAACUCCUACCCAGAUCUCAGAGAUCAUCAUUAAGCUCAUUAAGGAUAUGGCCGCAGGUCACCUGUCAGAAGCCUGGUCACGAGUGACAAAAAAUGCUAUUGCAGAAACUAUCAUUGCCUUGACCAAGAUGGAGGAAGAAUUUAGGUCUCCAGUGAGAUGCAUUGCAACAACUCGACUCUGGCUUGCUCUGGCGUCACUGUGUGUUCUCGAUCAGGACCAUGUGGAUCGCCUCUCAUCAGGGAGGUGGAUGGGAAAGGACGGGCAGCAGAAGCAAAUGCCUAUGUGUGAUAACCAUGACGAUGGUGAAACUGCAGCUAUCAUCUUAUGCAACAUCUGCGGGAAUUUAUGUACUGACUGUGACAGAUUCCUUCAUCUGCAUCGACGAACUAAAACUCACCAAAGACAGGUCUUCAAAGAAGAAGAAGAAGCUAUAAAGGUUGACCUUCAUGAAGGCUGUGGUAGAACAAAACUGUUUUGGUUGAUGGCACUAGCUGAUUCUAAAACAAUGAAAGCAAUGGUGGAAUUCCGAGAACACACAGGCAAACCCGCCACAAGUAGCUCAGAAGCAUGCCGCUUCUGUGGGUCCCGGAGUGGAACAGAGUUGUCUGCCGUUGGCAGUGUGUGUUCUGACGCAGACUGCCAGGAAUAUGCUAAGAUUGCGUGUAGUAAGACACAUCCCUGCGGGCAUCCGUGUGGAGGCGUUAGGAACGAAGAGCGCUGCCUGCCCUGUCUGCACGGCUGUGAUAAGGACGCCUCCACUCUGAAGCAGGACGCUGACGACAUGUGUAUGAUCUGCUUCACGGAAGCACUCUCCGCAGCGCCCGCCAUUCAGUUGGACUGCAGUCACGUGUUCCACCUACAGUGCUGCCGGCGAGUUCUGGAGAACAGAUGGCUUGGUCCAAGGAUCACAUUCGGAUUCAUAUCAUGUCCCAUCUGCAAGAACAAAAUUAAUCAUACGGUAUUAAAAGACCUGCUUGAUCCAAUAAAAGAACUCUAUGAAGACGUCAGAAGAAAAGCCUUAAUGAGGUUGGAAUAUGAAGGUCUACAUAAGAGUGAAGCAAUCACAACUCCUGGUGUCAGGUUUUAUAAUGAUCCAGCUGGCUAUGCCAUGAAUAGAUACGCAUAUUAUGUUUGCUACAAGUGCAGAAAGGCAUAUUUUGGUGGUGAAGCUCGCUGUGAUGCAGAAGCUGGACAAGGAGAUGAUUACGACCCCAGAGAGCUCAUAUGUGGUGCCUGCUCCGAUGUGUCUAGGGCUCAGAUGUGUCCCAAACAUGGAACAGACUUUUUAGAAUACAAAUGUCGCUACUGCUGUUCAGUGGCUGUCUUCUUCUGUUUUGGAACAACCCAUUUCUGUAAUGCUUGUCAUGAUGAUUUUCAGAGAAUGACCAGCAUUCCUAAGGAAGAGCUCCCGCACUGUCCUGCAGGUCCCAAAGGCAAGCAGCUAGAAGGAACUGAGUGUCCUCUCCAUGUUGUUCACCCACCCACGGGGGAAGAGUUUGCUCUGGGGUGUGGAGUGUGCAGAAAUGCUCACACGUUCUAGAACUUUCAGAUCCUUUGUCUACAUAGAGAAUAGUUGCCUUCAUCCACUGGGAGGAUGCAGUGAAGCUUAAAACUCUGCUCAGGAUAAGAAUGGGACCAUUUUACAUUCGCGAAAAUGAAGCAUUCACAGUGCAAGAAUGAUGCCAAAUACCAUGUACAUAAUUCUUGCUAUGGAAAGUUUCCCUAUUAUUUUGGUUUCUCUUCUUUUGAACCAAAACAUCAAACUUGUGAGGUGUUUGCAUGUGGCCAUUACCGUCAUUGGCCUGUGAAGCAUUGGACAUUUAUAGAUAAUUGAUAUAAAAGGAUCACCAUACUCAUGGACUAAGAAUGAUGCUGGCUUUCAAGCAAAAAAGAAAAAUAAUCACUGUUUAUUGUAUACUGCCUUUUUGUAAUCCUGUACAAUUGCAUCACGGGUGGGUAUAAAAAGAGGAAUAUUCUGGUUUAUUUCCUAGACUGUUAUUUAAAAAAAAAUUGUGUUAGUAAGGCCUAUAAAUGUAAUAAGUAUCACACUGUAUAUAAAGCUAUCAAUGUUUGUCCUGUAUAAGAAUUACUAAAUUACAAAAGCAGUUUCAUUUGAACUUGUAGGUUAAGUGUGAGCCUGAGAUUUUAAUGAAGUGCAAUACUGAGUGUGCCUCAUUAUCUUGCAGCUGUAAACAUAUUGGAAUGUACAUGUCAAUAAAACCACUGUACAUUUUUAUACAGUGAUAAAGCCUAAUAUUGUGUAAAGUAUUU